AUGUCAGGACCCCCUAUGAUUCUCUCCCUCCUUCCAGACUCACAUAAGCAUGCGGUCAAUCCUACUAAACUGACUACCUGGGCUUAUACCAAAGGUUCUACUUUUCAUAUGUCAUCUCCAAAGCCCACAUGGAUUAUUGACUCGGGUGUUAUGGAUCACAUGACAUUUGAUUCUGGCCAACUUAUUAGUCACAAACUAUCCACUCAGUCGGUGGUGUUUAAUACUAAUGGUACCCCCUCCACUGUGGUUGGAGAGGGCUCUCAAUUUCUCUCUAACUCCAUACAUCUGGAUUAUGUAUUGAUUGUUCCAUCCUUGAACCAAAACUUGUUGUCUGUUGCUCAACUUACUACUACUUUGGGGUGCACUGUAACAUUUUGGCCUAAUCAUUGCGUUUUUAAGGACAUCCUUACAGGAAAGACGAUUGGUUGUGGUACUAGGCAGGGUAAACUUUACAACUUCGACUGGGCACCGGAUAUUGAGACGAAGGUCGGUCAAGCUUUCACAACAAGUGGAGCUAGUUUUGAGAGACAGAGAGACAAAGUUUGGUUAUGGCAUAAAUGUCUAGGGCAUGCCUCCUUCCAGUGUGAUACGUGUGAAUUGACUAUGAGCCAUCGUGUGCCGUUCUCAUUAAGUACAAAUAAAAGCUUGGUUCCUUUCUCCCUUAUUCAUUCUGAUGUUUGGGGGUUUGCUCAAAUUGCUACACCGGCUGGAGCUCGAUGGUUUGUCACUUUCAUUGAUGACUGCACCCGAAUGACUUGGGUUUUCCUUAUGAAAACCAAAGGGGAAGUCAAUUUAAAAUUUCAAUAG